AUGGGCUCCUCGAUGCCUCUUGUCGGCCAUAGUCUGGCCAUCUUUAUCUGUGCGGCGGUAAUGAUGAGCGUUAGUAUUAUGGCGGUCGCGUUGCGCACUUUUGUUCGUAUUUAUACGGUUCGAGCUUUCGGGUGGGAUGACGCUCUGAUGGUUAUCGCACUGGCUUUGUUCAUAGCCCUGGAUGCAUGUUGGAUGGUUGCAUCGAAGCGAGGGGUUGGCCAUAAGAACGAGGACUUUACUGAUUAUAAUACAAUGGAGCAGGCACUUCUGUGGUGGUGGCUAUGUCAAAUGCUCUAUAGUUGGUCUGCCGCUAUCACCAAAAUAUCAAUCGCUAUUGCCCUACUCAGACUAGCUGUGCACAAAGCUCACCGCAUUGUUUUGUGGACGGUGACUGGUGUUGUAAUAAUCGCUGGAAUCAUGAUUUGGCUAGUGUUCCUCGCCGGCUGCCAACCAGUCUCUUAUUUCUGGUCGCAUGUGAAUGGAAAUCAUGAAGGAUCAUGCAUACGUCGGCAGAUACUGUUGGAUGUUGGCUAUCUCUAUAGUUUCCUGAUUGUGCUGUCCGAUGUGACACUCGGGAUCAUGCCAGCCGUUCUGAUCUGGCACCUGCAAAUGGACCGCCGGACAAAGAUUGCAUUAGCCGGAGUUCUCAGCCUAGGAGCCCUAGAGAGUGUCGCCGUGAUCAUCCGAAUCCCAUAUCUGCAUACUUACCAUGACACCAACCUUCUAUAUGCAACCUACCAAAUCGACUUUUGGUCCAUCAUCGAGAUCGGAAUCGGCAUUACCGCAGGGAGCCUCGCCACCCUUCGCCCGUUAUUCCUUUGGGUCUUCGAAACUCGAUCAUACUAUGGUGGUAACUCGCGUGGCAAAAAGCAAGGCGAAGAGGAGCAUCCUCUGUCGAACCUAUCCACGGAUGCUGAAAGGUUACAUAACCCAAGCAAUUGGGGUGGGGAAUUUGCUCCAGGAAAGUCGAACAGUCGUCUAGUAACCACCGUCACAUCUCGCCUGAGCCAGUCGGAUAGGAAUCAAGAUGCUAUGACCCUUGGGGCAGGGUCAUGGCAAGCACUCUAUCAGGUCAAUAUUCAGACAACAAUCAAGAUAUCGGAGGGAGUGGAUGAAGCAAUAUAA